AUGUUACUGGAAGAACGAGAAUCCCGUUUAGUCCAUCCGCGCCUAGGUCGAUUGUGCCUGGUAACCAGUAACUUAACUAUUAGAGCGGUGCUUCGUCUCACUCAAAUCAUCCCCCACACCACGAGGCUCCGUCUCGCCUCCGCAAUCACUCUUCCGUGUACGCUGACGACACUGAAUAAUCAAGACGUUUGCCUUUUUCGGUAUCCAACUCCGCACGAGCCAGCAAUAAUACCCUCCAGGGGGGGGGGGGGGGGGGGGGGGGGGGGGGGGGGGGGGGGGGGGGGGGGGGGGGGGGGGGGGGGGGGGGGGGGGGGUGGGGGGGGGGGGGGGGGGGGGGGGGGCGACGACACACAUGACACUGGAAGGGGGGGGGGGGGGGGGGGGGGGGGGGGGGGGGGGGGGGAGGCUAGAUAUCCAGAAUGUUGGUUUGAGAGCGACUAA